AUGAGGAAGAAAAUAGAGAAAACAAAAAAAAAACCUUGGACUGAUUAUGAGGAUUCAUAGGUUAUGUAGUUAGUUGAAUUGUAUGGUCCUCAUAAAUGGACUUUUAUUGCUUCAAAAUUACCAGGAAGAAUUGGAAAGCAAUGCAGAGAACGGUAAUGGCACAAUCAUUUGAAUCCAUUAAUUAAGAAAUCACCUUGGGAUCUUGAUGAAGAAUGGAUUCUAUUUCUAUAUCAUAAAGCAAUCAGUAAUAAAUGGGCUGAAAUUGCUAAGCAUUUAGAAGGAAGAACUGAUAAUGCAAUUAAAAAUCAUUGGAAUUCAGGUAUGAAAAAGAGAAUCUCAGAAUUCAUUGAAAAACUAUAGAAUAUUAAAUAAUAGUUUAUUCUAAAAGGGUUGUAUCUUAUAAUUUUAUGA